GGACGGGAUACUGGGAGAGCCGGAAGAGUCGCACGGAUAGAUAAGAGGGAACGCGAGCUGAUCCACAGACGCUUCUCCAUCGAAGCUACAGCUGCGACAGGACCAUAUCCUACCGGAGGAGUUUUAACACUCAAUUGUUCGGAGCUAGCUUUGUAGCAAACGUGUGUGUGGCAUACGGCUCACAAACAUGUGGAAGGCAGCAGCUGGACAGUCAGUCAAUGUGUCUGUAGACGAUGGAGGCGAUGACUGGGAGACUGACCCCGACUUUGAGAAUGAUGUGUCUGAGAAGGAGCAGCGCUGGGGAGCCAAGACAGUGGCUGGCUCAGGCCAUCAGGAGCACAUAGAUAUACACCGUCUGCGUGAGACUGUUUCUACGGAGCAUACCAAGCUGAAGCAGAAGGAGUUGGAGAACAUGCCCAAAGCCUCGCAUGGCUAUGGAGGAAAAUUUGGAGUGCAGCAAGAUCGAAUGGACAAGUCUGCUGUUGGACAUGACUACCAGAGCAAACUGUCCAAGCACUGCUCCCAGGUUGAUACCUCUAAGGGCUUUGGAGGAAAGUUUGGAGUGCAGGCUGACCGUGUUGACCAGUCAGCUGUUGGGUUUGAGUAUGCUGGAAAGACGGAGAAGCACGCGUCACAGAAAGACUACACCACAGGGUUUGGGGGGCGAUAUGGAGUGCAGGCUGAUCGAGUCGACCAGAGUGCCGUGGGCUUCGAUUACCAAGGCAAAACCGAGAAACACGAGUCCCAGAAAGAUUAUGCCAAGGGCUUCGGAGGCAAGUUUGGCGUUGAGACGGACAAGGUGGACAAGAGUGCCGUGGGCUUCGAGUAUCAAGGCAAAACAGAGAGGCACGAAUCCCAGAAAGACUACGUGAAGGGCUUUGGGGGCAAAUUCGGUGUGCAGACUGACAGACAGGACAAAUCGGCGCUGGGAUGGGACCACCAGGAGAAACUGCAGCUCCACGAGUCCCAGAAAGACUAUAAGCGUGGGUUUGGAGGGAAGUAUGGGGUAGAGGUGGAGAGGCAGGACCAGUGUGCCCUGGGCUAUGAGCACAAGGAGAACCUGGCCAAGCACGAGUCCCAAAAAGAUUAUUCUAAAGGCUUUGGAGGGAAGUUUGGUGUCCAGAAUGAUCGCAUGGAUAAGAGCGCGAGCACAUUCGAGGAUGUGGAGAAGCCGACUCCAGCUUACCAGAAAACCAAACCUGUGGAGGCUGGUGCCAGCAGCACAGGAAGCAUCAAGGCCCGCUUUGAGAACAUCGCCAAGCAGAAGGAGGAGGAGGACAGAAAGAGGGCCGAGGAGGAGCGGCUGCGUCGUCAGGCCAAGGAGCAGCAAGAGCAGGAGGCAGCACGCCGCCAAAUUGAAGAGUCCGCCAAAGCCCCGUCUCCUGUCCCUGCUGCAAGUCCCAGUCCUACCCCAAGCCCGACUCCAGCGGCUCAACCAGUUAGAAGCUACGGGAACACCGAGGAGGAUGAGGCCUACGACACCGCUGAGAAUGGAGGGCAGCUGUAUGAGGCAGAGCCACAGAGCCACUACACACCGCAAGAUGAUCUGUACCAGACCCCUGAGGAGCCUGCAGCAGAAGACACGCAGCAGUACGACUACGGGGAGGACCUUGGGGUGACAGCUGUGGCUCUAUAUGAUUAUCAAGCAGCGGGUGACGACGAAAUUUCGUUUGACCCCGACGACAUCAUCACCAACAUUGAGAUGAUCGACGAGGGCUGGUGGCGAGGCGUGUGCAGAGGUGCUUACGGCCUUUUCCCAGCCAACUAUGUGGAGGUUCGGCAGUGAUGACGACGAUGACCCGUCUCCCCAUGCUUUUGCAAAAAAAGGGGAGGGAGACGUUUUCAGAUACUGUCCUUCUCACACCUGGGUCUUUUUUUUUUUUUUACUUUUUCCUUCCUCUCUUCGCCUCAUCUUAGUGUUCCGACACAGCGCUAGAUGUCUGAGCUCCUCACAGCUUUUCUUUUGCUGCCUUCUCCUUCCCUCCUGUCUAUUCAGUUAUUUUUAAAUCGGAAACAAAAUGGAGAACCGGUUAUCUGACCGAAUACUCGGCUUAACACGGCACAAAGCUUUGCACCUCUGUUUAGCAGUAGUUAAAGCUACAAGAUGCAACCAAUAGUUUAUUUGGAGACUGAGUUGAUUUCACUUCUUAACACCGGUCAUGCAGUCCCAGCUUGCAUUUUGCAGCUUUAAAUAUUUUUAUUCAUGUUCGGCUUCACAAGGUGUUGAUCAGGCAUUGUUGCUUCUCCGCACGUCAGAGAAUAAUUAUUGGGUACGUUUCAUUAAGCAGAUUUUCCCCCCCCUCCUCUGCCGUCCUGUGGCCUGCAGAUGGUUCCCCCUCCAUCAACAUCUUCCAGCCUUAAAAGCAGCUGGAGGGAGUUGGUGUGAGGAAAUGCAGUGAUUGCUUCCACACUUUUUCACGCCAGGAAAAAACGUUAGCAUCAUGAAGAGUACCCUCAGUCUCACCAAAGACCAGAGAAAUGACUAAAUCGAGCUUAAAACGUCUGAAACGAUGUGCACAGAGCUCAGGGUGCUCACUGUGUAGUAGCUCAACCUUAAUUUAAGCAGGAGAAGAUUGAAGUGAAACAAAUCUCCCUUCCUCUUUGGAUUAUCAUGUAUAUUAAUGGUUAUAUUCUGUCCAGUCCAAUGACCAAAAUGCCGACGAUCCCAUUUGCUUCUUGGUCAGUGUUUGUAAAGUUUGCGGUGUUGCACAGGAGUCCAAACCCCGCUUCCAACUGUAACUGUGCAAGCUGAUGAAAUCUGAGGAUGGUUUAGAGCUUCGUGUAGUUCGAAUAAGUGUUUUUGUGUCUGUUGGAGAAAACUUACCUUUAUUAAGUUGUUCUCAGAAUCACAGGGCCAACGACACCAGAGAUUCAUUUGUGCUACUUUGGUGAAUCACCAGAUAAAGACAUAGUGUUAUUUGAAUUCUAUUCUGCAGUGCUGAAUCAUAGACUUCAUGCUUUGAAUCAUGUACAUAGAGCUCAUACUUUAUAAUGCUUGAAAGAAGUCCUGGAUAUAAAAGCAGGGUUUUUGUUCCGUCACUGUGUUCUUCUGUGGAGGUGGACAGGACUUUUAUAGGGUUUCCUUUCUUGUCACUGGGAAUGCUUGGAGGUUUUUGUGUCAUGUUGAUAUACGUGUGAAGCUUGGUGAUGACUGCUCUGGAGCCUAACUGACAUCCUUCGCUAUGACCCAGCGGUGUGUGCGACCUCUCGUCGGCAGUGACGAUGACUGUGGAAAUGUAUCCAGCUGAUGUUGAGGGACAGUGCUUCAGUCUGUUCUCCAAACAUGAAUAAUUCCCAACAGGCAGCAGGCUGGACAAACUGCUCGUCUGUGGAGUGCAGUAGUGUAGCUUACACAGGUGUGUGCGUGCGUGUGAGAGUUUCUUCGUUUAUUCAUCUUCGGGGUUUUAUAAUUAAAAAAAAAAGUGACCUUUUUAAAUGUAUUAUCUGUACCUCUGUUUGCUUGAGUCACAUUAUUACCUGCUUGUUCUUUUUAUUUUUUAGUUUCAAUAAAUAAACUUAAAUAAGCUUGUU